AGACAGUCACGCUGCGAUUCAUUCAGCCACAUCACCCACACGCAUACUCCUGCCCAGCGUGAGCUCACAGUCUGUCUACCUUUCGCUUGAAAAUCUGCGUGUCCGUGAGAAACUGUGCUGUUGUUUCACACCUAAGGCAGAAUAUUACAGAUCUGACUGUUGUACACUUUCUUUAGUUUAGCAAGAAUCUCUCCUCCUUCCAAUGGGUCCCGGUAUAGUUAUACUUUUCUCUCUGUUCGGAGUUCUCAACGGACAAGGUGGAAAACAGAUGUCAAUAGAUGAGUGCUGUAAGGAUGGUCGGGACCGGGGCAUUGAUAACCAGGACUGCACAGCCCUCCCUCUCAUCUCCGAGUCCACCACAUGCAGGAUAGUACAGGAGCAGUGCUGUGCGACGGUACUGGAGGACUCCAUCUGCACAAACGGCAUCAACAUGGCCAAAGACCAGGGGGGCUGUGACACCCAGUUUCCUGGAAGCACCUGCGAGACCAAGACCGCAAAGAUGUGCUGUGACUGUUGUCUGCUGGGCCGGGCUGCUCAGGAGAAGGGUCUGCCCUGUGACCACAGCCUGUCUCUGGGCUACCAGUGUGGCCUGGUGUCCCGGGCCUGCUGCGAUGACGGAGCCCCUGAUGUGAAGACCAACACUCUGGUUCCUGACAAAGACAACGAGGCCCUCACUGGCAAGGAUAAUCCGUUACUGAAUGAGUGCAGUAAUGGAUUAGCGAAGUGUACACAGGAAUGUGUGGGCAACGGCACCUGUGCCUGCUUCAAAGGCUACAAACUCAAACCAGAUGGGAAGACCUGUGAAGAUAUAAAUGAGUGCCUGCUGGGUGCCAGUAACUGCCGAGGAGGUGAGCGCUGCAUCAACACGCUGGGGUCAUUUCGUUGCCAAAGAGAGGUCAGCUGUGGUACCGGUUACGAGCUUACCGACAGCAACAACUGCAAAGACAUUGACGAGUGUGAGUCGGGCACCCACAACUGCGCCCCAGACUUUAUGUGUCAGAACACUCAGGGGUCAUUCCGCUGUCGGCCCAAGAACCAGUGUGGCGAUGGAUACAUCCAGGAUGCCCUGGGCAGCUGCAUCGACAUCAAUGAGUGUCUGGCCCAGACUGGGCCUUGCCACCCUGGCCAGUCGUGUAUGAACACGGUGGGCUCCUUCACCUGCCAGAGGAACUCUGUCAACUGUGGCCGGGGAUACCACCUAAACGACAACGGCAACCGCUGCGUGGAUAUUGAUGAGUGUAAAGGUCCUGAUGGAGAGUGUGCAGGCCAUGGCUGUAUCAACCUGGUAGGAUCGUUCCGUUGUGAGUGUAAGAUUGGCUUCAUCUUCAACAGCAUCAGCCGCGUCUGCGAAGAUAUCAAUGAGUGCAGGCACUACCCUGGGCGCCUCUGUGCCCACAAGUGUGAGAAUGCCGUGGGGUCCUAUAAGUGCAGCUGCACCCAAGGCUUCAAGCUGGCCAGCGACGGCAGGAACUGUGAUGAUCUAAACGAAUGUGAGAGCAGCCCUUGCAGUCAAGAGUGUGCCAAUGUGUACGGCUCCUACCAGUGCUACUGUCGCCGUGGCUACCAGCUCAGUGACAGGGAUGGCAUCAACUGUGAAGACAUUGAUGAGUGUGCCUUGCCCACCGGGGGUCACAUCUGCUCCUACCGCUGCCACAACACCCCCGGGAGCUUCCACUGCAACUGCCCCGCCACCGGCUAUACUCUGGCCCCCAAUGGACGCAGCUGCCAGGAUGUUGAUGAGUGUGUGACAGGGACACACACCUGCUCUGAGACAGAGAGCUGCUUCAAUGUACAGGGUGGAUUCAGAUGCUUGUCCUUUGAGUGUCCGCCAAACUAUCGUCGAGCAGGAGAGAAUGCAAGGGUCGAGCGCUCAGACACCGUCCGCUGUGUGAAGUCGUGCCAGCCCAAUGACAUCAGCUGUGUCCUGGACCCUGUACACUCCGUCUCCCACACUGUCAUCUCCAUGCCUACCUUCAGGGAGUUCACCAGGCCUGAAGAGAUAGUUUUCCUGAGAACCAUGUCGAUGGCGCACUCCUCCCCCCACAUCAGCUCCGACAUUGUGUUCGACAUCCUGGAGGGAAAUGUCCAGAAUUCCUUCGACAUCGUCAAACGUGAGGAGCACGGCGUAAUCGUGGGUGUGGUCCGACAAGUGAAGCCUCUGAUUGGCCCGCUGAACAUGGUAUUGAAGCUGGCUAUGAACUACGUCACCUCUGGGGUGGUGUCUCAUCGGAACAUCGUCAGCGUCCAUAUCUUCGUCUCCGAGUUCUGGUUCUGAGUACAGGAGACACACCAACACCACCUCACAUAGCCAUACUGUUCUACCACAGUACUACCAACACCACCACACAUAGCCAUACUGUUCUACCACAGUACUACCAACACCACCACACAUAGCCAUACUGUUCUACCACAGUACUAUCAACACCAUCACACAUAGCCAUAAAGUAUUACCACUUACACACUACUACCAUACAGUACAACCACAGUCCAAUAACUUUACCCUCCUAGCAUGAAGAGAAAGGAGAUUGCUGAGUGCAUGGAGGAGAAAAUGAAGAUUAUUUAGGUGUAUAACUAAAAUGAUAUUAAUACCAUUGGAGGGUCCAAUAAAGGGAUAUCCUGAUACAACCAACACACAUUUUAAUAACUUUAGUUAACUUUCAUUCCUUUUCGAUGAAGAUAAACAGACCACUAGCUGCUUAGUUGCUUUUGUUAUUGUAUGAAACUAAAGCACUUCCCAGUAAGUUUACCUGUAAUAUAAGUAGAUGUAACAAGCCAAGCCAUGAGUGGAUGCAUGCAUCUGGCCUAUGGAACUUGACGUGAAGACUCAUAAACUGUAUCAUAUAAUGUAAGCAUGCUGUCAUGCCCAAGACUAUAGAAUGUGAUUGUGAAUUGAAAGUGCAUGCGUAGACAUGGAGAUGUGAAAAACCAUUGGAGGAUUCAACAGUUGAAUGUAACACUAACCCAUGAGUAAUGAUGUGUAUUACAUUUCAUUAUCUUACUGUAUACAUUGUGAAAGGUGUUUCGGUACUAAAUAAACCAUCUUGUUUUUUUCUUUGAA